CCAAUGGCGCCUGGCGUCCGUACACCUCAUAUGGAAAGCAUGGAGCUCUGAAGGACCAUGCCCUCUGUUUCAUUCGUAACUACGAAAAAACCACGCCACGCCGACACCAUACAUAUUUUUACUUCCGAUUUCCGAAACAUCAGAAAAUAGGGGCAAAUUCGUAUUUAUCGCGUGAAUUGGAUGGCCACGGUGUUAUCUCCCUUAGAAAUGAACCACCAAAAACCCUAGAAAGCACAGAAGGAGGAUCAACCGAUCAAACUUCGCUUUCAAUUUCGACGCCAUCAAUUUCGUUUGGUCUCUCGCUCCCCCUUUUUCUCCCCUUGGUUUUGGAUUUGCUGUGAAAAGUCGAGAAAUUCGAUUUGCAGAAACAUUUCCCCGUUCGCCAUGUCGAAGAGGAUUCUUUGCAAGUUCUUUGCACAUGGAGCAUGUCUAAAAGGGGAGCACUGUGAGUAUUCACAUGAUUGGAGGGACCAAGCAAAUAAUGUGUGCACCUUCUAUCAGAAAGGAGCAUGCUCUUAUGGUAGUCGAUGCAGGUAUGAACAUGUUAAAAUUUCUCGUCUGCAACAUUCGGUCUCAUCAUCAUCAACAAAUUCUCAUCAACAUUCUUCUAGAAUUACAUCAAGUGGGGAAACCGCUUUGGUCCCGAGUUUUCCUGCAGAACUUUCAUCUUUGAGUAGACCCUUCUUUCCUCCUGGUAAACCGGCUUGGAGUCAUGCUUCAGGAGAUUAUAACUUCUCAGACAAUGAAAAUGAUAGGGAAUCUGUAAUUGUUAGGUCUGCUGACCAUUCUAUUUGUUCAUUUGCUGCUGCUGGUAAUUGUCCUCGUGGGGAAAAAUGUCCACACAUACAUGGGGACUUAUGUCCCACUUGUGGAAAACAUUGCUUGCAUCCUUAUAGGCAUGAUGAAAGAGAGGAGCACAUGAAGAUGUGUGAAAAAAAGAAAAAGCACCUUGAGGCAUUGAAACGCAGCCAAGAAAUUGAGUGCAGUGUGUGCCUAGAUCGUGUGCUUUCAAAGCCCACAGCUGCUGAACGGAAGUUUGGAUUAUUAUCAGAAUGUGAUCAUCCGUUCUGUAUAUCCUGCAUAAGGAGUUGGCGUAGUAGUUCACCAGCUUCUGGCAUGGAUGUUAAUACUGCAUUGAGAGCCUGCCCAAUAUGCCGCAAGCUUUCAUAUUUUGUCAUUCCAAGUGUCAUUUGGUAUUCCACAAAAGAAGAAAAGCAGGAGAUUAUCAAUGGCUAUAAAGCAAAACUCAGGUCUAUUGAUUGCAGAUACUUUGACUUUGGAAAUGGCACAUGUCCUUUUGGGACUAGUUGUUUCUACAAGCAUGCUUUUCGUGAUGGUCAUCUGGAAGAAGUGGUUCUGCGGCAUCUUGGAGCUGAAGAUGGGAACACAGUCAUUGCAAAAGAUAUUAGGCUCUCUGACUUCCUUGGUAGCUUGCAUUUGAGGAUGUUUAUUGUUAGCAAGCAACUACAUGUGACUUCAAGGCCCAAAAAAUUUGUCUUUUUCCCAUGCUGUACUUCACUUCUUUGCAAGAAGUUCUUGCCGGGGAGCCAAACAACGGACUUGAAGGUGCAGUCAUAAGAAUAAAGUGCAUUCAUUAUUAAACAAAAAAAAAAUAUAUAUCUAUAUGUGAGAAAAAGGGUUAAAAAUGGAUGAAAGAUUGUACAUAUUUUUGAGAACUUAUGUUUGUUGUAUGCGGUGGUUCCCCUAAAAUAGCACUAGAAGGAUUCAAAAUGAUGGGUGAAGUGGGUGAUUAUUAGACAACCCCAUGUACUCAUCAUCACUACAUUAGAAGCUGUACAUAGAUUGAUAUGCUUUUGGAUGUGGGAUUUAUAUCAAUAUUGCAUGAUAUGAUGAGGCCGAAAAAAUUAUUUGAAAUUGUAUGUGUACAUAUAUAGACUCAAGAAAUAAAAAUACAAAAAAAAGGGGUCUUCCAGAGAUUCUGCCA